UUCAGAAAAUGGAAGAGCCACGUGACAGAGCGACCGUUUGGAGACCGCUCAGAAGUUGUGAAAGAGCUGUACUCUGAGYUAAACAUCAUGAAACCACACUCAGGUCCAGGUCGGUUCAUCACAUGUGGAAAUGUUGUGUAUGUGCUCCUGUUUGGCUGGUGGGYGUCUUUGGCUUAUUUUGUCAUCGGCAUUCUGAUGUUCAUCACCGUUAUCGGGGUUCYCUACUGUAAACUUCUCUGGAAGUUGUGCUGCUACUUCCUCUGGCCGUUUGGCAACACGAUCCGUCGAGAUAGGAAGCACUUWGAGGAGGUGUUGUGAGGAAGCAGCGGACUGUGAGUGCAGAAUAGAGUCAGGAGAUAACUCACCCGUCCUGCUGCAUCUCCCACAGAGGCAGCAGCUCCAGAGAGACCAGGACAACCUCUCCGGACCCCCUACUGGGUAAAAAUUGCAGCCUAGCCCUGUAGUGCCUACUCGCCAAACCUGUUUGUGUAUUAUUGAACAUACGGCAUAAAUUUCCC